GCCCAUCAACGCAAAUCCUUACUCAACAUGUUCUCCCGUUACACAAUCUCGCGAUGAUAUCACCCCGAGGGAACAGUUGACCCGGUGGCAUUCCACCAAUAACUCGCGCGAUGUUGUUUUUCGGUCCGAAACUAUGGUAAAUAUAUAUGCCCACUACCUCCCUGUUUUUCGUAACCUGCUUGGCAACUUUCUAGAUUGAAUCCAGCGCUUUUGGUUUCAAGAUGGCUUUUCUUAGAAAGCGCUCCCUGAAAGUCAGCGACGACGAGAGGACAACGGCUGCGGAAUUGACUUUGAGACAAUCGAUAUAUCCGCUGUGUCUCGUGACUAUUCUCUUCUUCCUAUGGGGUUUCUCUUACGGCCUUCUUGAUACGCUGAACAAACAUUUCCAAAAUACACUGCACAUCAAUAGAGCUAGAUCUUCCGGUCUUCAAGCUGCUUAUUUCGGCGCAUAUCCUCUCGCCUCUUUGGGUCAUGCAAACUGGAUUCUUCGCCAUUAUGGAUAUAGAGCCGUCUUCAUCUGGGGACUUUGUCUAUAUGGGCUCGGUGCCUUGAUUGCUUGGCCAUGUCUCCUCCACCGCUCGUUCGGAGGCUUCUGUGCUGCUAUUUUCAUCAUAGGAAAUGGGUUGGGGUCGCUGGAAACAGCUGCAAACCCAUACAUUACAGUAUGCGGCCCACCAAGAUAUGCCGAGAUGCGAAUCAAUAUCUCGCAAGCUUUCAACGGUGUUGGCACGGUUAUUGCUCCAGUGUUAGGCUCAUAUGUCUUCUUUCUCAAGACUGGCGAGGACGAGAAAGCUUUGAAGAAUGUGCAAUGGGUCUACCUGGCUAUUGCCAUAUUUGUGUUUCUCCUCGCAGGGGUAUUCUAUUUCUCCACCAUCCCCGAGAUCACCGAUGCAGACAUGGCUUUUCAAGCAGAAGAGACACAUGCGAAUGUAGAGGUAGGACCAUUCCACAAACAAUAUCGCCUCUUCCAUGCAGCGUUCGCACAAUUCUGUUACACGGGCGCUCAAGUUGCCAUCGCAGGCUACUUCAUCAACUAUGUCACUGAAACCCGUCCAAACACAAGUUCCUCACUGGCAGCAAAGUUCCUUGCCGGUGCUCAAGCCUCGUUUGCCAUGGGACGCUUCACCGGCGUUGGAUUCAUGAAGUUUAUUCGCCCAAGAUGGGUCUUUCUCGCCUACCUUACCAUGUGCAUCGUCUUCGUCGCACCAAGUAUCACACAACGAGGCAAUACCGGCAUGUCAAUGCUGUACAUCACCCUCUUCUUCGAAUCAAUCUGCUUCCCAACAAUCGUCGCACUGGGUAUGCGAGGGCUUGGCAAACACACAAAACGGGGAUCAGGUUGGAUUGUUGCUGGUGUCUCCGGAGGGGCUUGUGUACCGCCGUUGCUAGGUGCCGUUGCAGAUCUUCAUAACUCGACGGCUAAGGCAAUGGGUGUACCUUUGGCUUUCUUUAUUGCAGCCUGGAGUUAUGCCCUUUGUGUGAACUUUGUGCCGUCGUAUAGAGAUCCGGCUGAUAAGUUCUCGACGACGAAGGUGGGACUUGAGGAGAGCACUGGGUCAGUGGACGAUGUUGAGAGCGGCCCGCGAAGUGGCGUUAUGGAGAAGGAGCAUGAGGGUGGCGAAGUGCAGCACGUUAAUUCGUCCCGUGAGGUUGUGGGAAGUUAGGUUGAGUCGGGGAGACAAGAGUAAGGAUUUGGACUCUUUCAUUGUGCACGUUAUCCUCUUUAUUGUAUUACAUCACGAUUUCCUUUCAGCCUGGAGCACCAAUGCUCCAUCUACCGUGACACUCGACAUUGUAUCUAAUUCAUCCUCUCUUCAGGAUUUCUCAAGAUUAAUCAAGAACGAGCAGCUAUUGGUUCUGCAAUGAAGAGGCACAACACAAAAUUUUACUACCCCC